AAGCAGUGGAAUUACGACCCGAUGCUCCACGCUACUUGUUGCAUCCUGGUGCAGUACGCGGAGUGGGUGUGGGACAUGCGGAUGUCUCCGUCUCGUCUGCAGCGGUCUCGGAUGGCCAUUCGCGACAGGAUCGCUGGCCUUCGGCGCGGCUCCCUCCGGGCCGGUGCCAGGGGCCAGCUGCCUGCGCUGUGGCUUACGCUGAGACGAGCUGGAUGGGACAUGUUUCAGGCUGCGGUGCUG